AUGUUAUUCUUAUGGGCGGAAGGUAUAGUACUACUCACAGAGCAUCCUGAAGAAGUUGAGAAAUUGCAAAGCUCGUCUACUGAUGAGGAACCGACAUCUACGGAAAGGCUGAAGCAACAUUGGGUAACACCGUCAGGCCAAAAGUUGUUCGGUUCAACCAAGGACUCUUACAAAACCAUUGAACUAACCUGUUUGAACGUGGUGUGGGUUCUUCGAGGAGGGAUCAAAGAUGACGAGGCAGUGGAGGGUAUACGCAUCGCAUCUAGAGCUUUACAGUCCAUUGGCCAAGAUGUAAAGGACAAUUGGCAUCUAUCUAGCAGCUCGGCGGCCACCCUGUACAGCAAGUGCUUUUCCAAAGUACAGAGCUCUGAUGCGAGUUUACCCGUUCAGUUGGAGGCUCUGUCAUUCCUUGGCAUACUUUCGAGUUCCCAUCUGAGCUUACCGCAAGACAUCGUCUCACGCUACGAAGCGUGUUUAUUAGAAGCUCCUCGUAUAGCAGAGCCCGAAAACUUUGCCGAGCUUCUUGCGGUUUCUCUGCCAGCCUUUGCAAUGCAUAUCCAGGAGGAAACCAUCUUGGCACUCGUAUCAGGUAUCUUAGCAGCGUGUGCUUCACAGCCGGGCUCCCGUGAGGCUUCUAAUCUUAUUGGCGCUAUCGAUGAGUUGGCCACUGCUACGAUGACGUCUGGCAUCCUACGAACUACUGUGCUGCGUGCACUGUCAUCAAAGACUCUGCAAGAGAAACUUACGAACCUAGCCCAUCCUACUGUAAGAAAAGAAGGUACCGGCUGCUACGCACAUGCGGCAUUGGUGCGUAGGCGAUUAGUCGCUGCCACAAUCGCUUCUCUACUCACCAUCGCUCUUGCGGCGCAACCGGGAGAGUCGACGGUACCGCAAGCCGUCGUCACUGCUCUUAUUAAGAAACAGCGAGACCUUCCUCCAGUGUUGAAUGCUUGUUUGCACUCAAUGGAAAGUUUGAAUCAACCUUCAAUCUCUCUCUUUGAAGAAGCAAGCACACAACACACAGGCCAGCAUCUAGAAGAUUGGAGAAGACGUCUCGAUUCGGAGCUAGAAAGUCAAAGCAAAUACCAGCGAGAUGCCGUCAUGCGCUCUAUGGCACAGAUUUGUAGUGAUCUCGAGACGCGUUGCAACACAGUCGAAGAGCCGCUACGGCUAGAGAAAGAGAGGUCUGUGAAGCUCCAAGAAAAAACUGCUCAUCUUGAAGAACAAAUUGAGUCGUUACGCCAAGAAAGACAGGACUACAUCGAUCACGUAGACGGCCUGGACAAGGACUUGCAAGAUUUGAAAGACGACCAACAGCAACUAGAGCAGCAAAAGUCUGAAUUGACCAAAGAGAAGGAUCAAAUGUAUUCCAGACUCCAAGACAUAGAGACCUCUCUUGAGGCGUCAAAACGAGACGCAACCGAGGCUUUGAAUGCCGCCCACGAAAGAUCGAGCGCAGUAGAGUCAGAGCUUCGCUCAAUGACACACCAGUAUAAACAGGCCAUCGACGCUCGUGAUGAGAAGGUCCAUGAGCUGAGCGUCACUAUAGACCAGCUCAGAGAGUUUCAGGCGCAGCAGAAGAAAAACUUUGAAGAUUUAACAACUCAGUGCGAGCAGCAUCAGAAUCGUAGCCACGAAGCAGAAGAUUUGCUUCAAAAGGAACGAGGAAAGGCUUCUCGACAAUCGGAUGACAUUGCACGACUUGAAGCACAAGUAAUAGAACACCAGCAUCAGUUGGAAGAAAAGGAAGCGGAGCUUGAGGACGCUCUUCGACAGUUACACGUCUUGCGGACAAGUUAUCAAGAGCUUGAAGAAUCAUCGGCAGAAAUGAUGAAAGAGCUUGUAGCAAAGCAUGCCAGCGAUAUGAAUGCCACUGCUAGAAGAGCUGAAGACGAACGCAAAGAGUUAGAGGCUCAGCUGCACAAUGCUCAGAAUAGCGCUCGCCAAGAGAGACAUGAUCACGAAAAGACCCGUAGCGACGUUCAAUUCCUUCAAGCCUCGAUACCACCAUUAGAGGCAAGAAUCCAAGAACUCGAGGAGUUCUGCAGAGAGCAGGAAGAGGAACUGGAAGAAUUCAGAACCGCUCAGAAAAUGAUGGCUAUGCAUCUGCGGCCGACUCGGCCUGCUUCUCGAACAUUCAAAGAGAUCGCUCAGCCCCAAACUGUACGCGAGCCGCGAACUCACAGACGGCGGAAGUCAGCUAUCAACACUCAAGAAGGCAUGCCAAAGGCUCAGGUGGAUACCCAAGAACUACCUGACCAGGCCAAUGAGCAUGUCACAAAUGCGUCUUUCGCCUCGUCUGCCGACUCCAAUUCUUCACUAGGCGGCGGGCCAACACCCAAGCGUGCCAGACCAAGGCCAACAUUCAAAGUGCCAACGAUGCAAACGCCGUACACCCAAAAACCGGAUUCGACAUCCAAGCCAGUCUUACACUCACGUAACUUGUCAUCAAGCAAGCGUGCUCUGAGGCCAGUAUCGCCGAAUCGCCGCCAUACAACUGCUGAGUUCAAAUUACCAGAUAGUGAGAGAGAAGGCACAGCUAGCGAACUUGACUCAGUCAGAAAGUCCACAGGCAGCCUUCAGGCUUUUGAGCAGACAGAUUUCGACAUCGAAGAUGAGUUUGCGACAGGCACGCCACUUACUCCAGGCUUUAUGUCUGGGACUGGUCGUAUGCCAGUGGAAGACGAUGAGACCAUGACUGAACUGUGA